AUGGCAACAAUGUGGUUUGAUGAAGAUUCAAGCGAAGAUGAAGAAUCGAAAAUCAAUCCUAAAGAAAAAAGUGAAAUCGAAAAAGAAGAAUAUUUCUAUUAUGCAAAUAAAAGAUGUUUGUGUAAAGAAGGAUGUUCGACUCGAUCUUGUCCUUGUUUUAAACAUGGAAGUGGAUGUAAUUCAUCGUGUGGCUGCGAUGAAGAUUGUGAAAAUAUAUUUAAUCAUCUUGAGUAUUUUUUUGGUGAAAAUAAAAAAUGUGCUGCUCAUCCAUGCUUUGCACAAUGA